GGGACCGUUCGGGAAAGUUUGUAAAUAACUUCGGACAGGCGCUCGCAGAUUAACCAUAUCGUCAUCGCUGGUUGAGUCGGCUCCUGAGAAAAUUCCCUUGUGAACAAUCCUACUGCGACUUGGGACCAGCCCUAAGUGGCUACUAUUCACCAUGCCGAUCAACCAACCCUCCAACCAGAUUAAAUUCACUAAUGUGUCGAUAGUCCGGCUGAAGAAAGGCAAGAAGCGGUUUGAACUCGCCUGCUACAAAAACAAGUUGCUCGAAUACCGAUCCGGCGCCGAAAAAGAUCUCGACAACGUCCUCCAAGUCCCUACAGUCUUCCUCUCCGUAUCAAAAGCGCAGACCGCCCCCUCCGCAGAACUCACCAAGGCAUUCGGUGCCGAUACCCCCCGGGAAGAGAUACUACAGGAGAUUUUGCGCAAGGGCGAGGUGCAAGUCGGCGAACGCGAGCGCAAAGAUGCUCUCGAACGAGUGGAGAAGGAAGUGUUGGAUAUCGUGUCCGGACGACUAGUUGACCCAAAUACCAAGCGCGUAUACACGUCAGGUAUGAUCUCCAAAGCACUGGACCAGUUGUUAUCAGCCAGUGGUCAACACCAGACUGGAGAGGCAAAUGGGGCCGGAGAGGAGCAGCCAAAGAAGCCUAUGUGGACCGGAGUUUCUUCCAAUCGAUCUGCAAAGAGUCAAGCGCUCGACGCUAUGAAGGCUCUCAUCGCGUGGCAACCAAUUCCCGUGAUGCGAGCGCGCAUGCGCCUCCGGGUUACCUGCCCGGUUUCGCUCCUGAAGCAAUCCGUCAAGGCUGCCCCGAGCGCUGCGCCUGCCAAGGAAGAGAAGGCACCGGCAAAAGGCAACAAGAAGGGGGGCAAGGGGAACAAAAAGUCGAAGCGAGAUGACUCGGACGAUGAGGCUGGCGAGGACGGUGCCGAGGUGGCACCCAAGGCCGCUGGCACCGUCAAGGAUGUGAUUCUCAAUUACAUUGAAGCAGUUGAGUCGCAAGAAGUGAGCGGUGAUGAGUGGGAAGUGGUAGGCUUUGCCGAGCCGGGGGCGUUCAAGGGACUCAACGAUAUCAUCGCCAACGAGACUCGUGGGCGAGGACGAGUGGAGGUGUUGGACAUGUCGGUGACCCACGAGGAUUAGACAGUCGAGGAACCGAAGAGCCUGUCCUGGAAUGACCUUCCUCAAAUCUUGGAUAUCUUGGCCUAGAGCUGCCUAUGACAUUUCCAAGGAUGAUGUACAUGACACCCGCCUGCAAAUGACUUAUGACAAAGUUAGAUGAAAGAAGCAACCGAAGAAAAA